GAGUGUAGUGUCUCCACCCCCAGUGGUGUCCAGACCGUCCUCCCCAGCAUGUUUGACGCGGGAGUGGGGAUCAUGCAGAGCUGGUUCUGUGCCUGCUGGGACAGCUCCUGGGUGUUGUACACCUGCGUCCUUCUGGUCCUGGUCAUCUGGGUGGCCAUGGCGACACAGCACAGCUUCUCCUGGAGAAGCAGGAUGGCUCUUCUGGUCCGCAGGCUGCGGCGGAGGGGGAUGGAGGAUGAGGGAGAAGGUAAGGCCCUGCCUCACGCUCCCUGACGGCUCCCUGGCUCAGAAUCCCAGGGCUUCUCCCAAGCCUCCACCCUGGCCCAGGGGUCCCACACGAGGCCCCCCAGGCUUGGCCUGCCCCUGGGGAUGGGAGCAGGAGCCAAGGUGCUGACUGGAGCUGGGAUAAGCUGACAUGCUGCUAAUGAACCAUCGUCUGGGGGCUUUGCAGCGAUGGAGGCAAACACCCCAUUGUCUGUCCCCUCUGGCAGGUUGUCCCCAUGUCCUCCAGGGCUUUGUGCAGGCUAAUGGUGCAAAGAAGCGGCGGGUGAAGCAGCCACGUCACCGGCUGUGCCAGGACCCCCCACGCCUCGCUCGCCGAGCCGCCAGGUGCCGCUCCAUCCGGCAGCUGCUGUGUGACAACUCAGACUGCGCCCUGUGCGACGAGGCAGCCCGGCAAGCCGAGCGGCUGCUGUACACCGAUCGGGCCAGUGCGUGGGUCCCUGCCAGGCCAGGGUCACCUCCUACUCCCACCUCCCGCUCCAAAGGGAGGAACCAGCAGGCCAAAGGCUCCUCCACAGAGCAGGACGAAUGUCUCUUCUGCUCCUCUCUCUGCGCUGAGACUCUCCUUCGCGGGCAAGAGCAGGCCCAGAGCUCCUCUUCUCUCCAGCACGAGCCUCCCCUACUCGCUUGGGAGCUGAGAACUAGAUCAAGCCAGCACAAGCCAUUUCUUCCCAGGCAUGAAGAGUACCCCAGCCCCGCUCCUGCCCAGCACGAGCCCUUCCCUCCAAGCCAAGCGGAACAUGGCUGGGUCGAGAGUUUCCUGCGCAGAGGCAGAGCAAGGAGCCCCCAGGCAGCUCCCCAGAGGCAGGUGCAUCGCCCCGAUUGGGUGCCAUUUCUGGCCAAGUCCCCAGGCGGGACCAGGAUGUCAGGGCAGGAGGCCAAACAGCAGCGAGACCGAGAAAGCACGGCACCCAGGGCCACGGGGGAAGCUCCAAUAUCUCUGGCUGGGAGACCCCCGGCGCGGGUCAGCCCUGGAGCCCUGCGUGUGCCCGGCAGGCUCGAAUUGGCCGAAACGGAGACCCCCUUCCUCCAGAGUGAUGUCAGGGCCAGUCUCGAGCGGCACGUCCAGGUAAAGAGGCUGCAGCACACCCUGGGGCUGCCCUGCACCCUGCAGAGCGCGUUGAAGAUCUUCAUGCCCCCAGCACCGAAACCCAUCGCCCGCAGACCCUCGGGGGCAGGCAGGGUGGUGACGAUGCCACAGUCCCUGCCCUUCCUGAGCAUCGGCUCCAGGACAGAGCUGGAGCGGCAUCUGCAAAGGAUGGUGCAUCUUAAGAGAUGGGGGCUGCCCAGGAGGAUCCAGGAGUCCCUGAGGCUGCUGAUGCCAGCCACACCUCCACACCUCCGGCUCGGCCCCCUGCCGUCUGGGAGAUGGGCACCAAGGGGGCCAGGCCCAGUGACAAGAGCAGCCCAGACACCCGGCCUCAGAGCUAGAGCCCCAGCCCAGGCCUCCCAGGGACCCGCCACAGCGUCCAAAUCCUCGCCCGGCUCGCACUGCUGCAGAGACACCCGGGAGCUGCAGGGGCACAUUGCCAGGAAGGGCUUGGAAAUCAGACUAGGCGCGCUGCCCGCCGUGCUGAGGCGCUCUCAGAAAAUGGCUGCCCUGGGGCGCAGAGACCUGCUCCUGCCUAAACUGAUCCCCCCAGGCUGCAAGGCCCCCCUGGCCCGCCACAGGCUCUGCCCCCUGCUCAGGUGCAAGGCAGGCAGCGUGGAGCUCAACGUGAGGCACAAGCACAUCCAGUACCUCUGGGCUCUCCCCACCCUGUACGCGGAGUCCCUGGCCAAGAUGGUGCCCAGCCCGCCCGUGCCACCCGCCCCCCUGUUGCCCCUGGGUGUGACCAUCGAGUUCUGCCCCCUGGAGACUCCCUUCGUGGCCCCCGAGGGCCGGGAGCUGCUGGAGAGGCAUGUCCUGAAUAAGCGGCUGCAGCACGAAUGGGGCCUGCCGGGCCUGGUGCGGCGAUCGCUGAGGUGUUUCAUGCCACCCCCGCCCACGCGCCCCAGGCCCAAGGGGAGCGACCGGCCGGCAGCCAUGGAGCUCCGUGUCAGCAGCGGGGCCCCUCCCAUCCCUCUGGCCACCAAGAGGGAGCUGGAAGCCCACAUCCGGCGCAGGGUGGCCGAGAGGAGGUGGGGGCUCCCCAGGAGGGUGCAGGAGUCCCUGCGGGGCUUCAUGCCCCCCACGACCGCAGCUCCGGGGACACAUCCAGACACGCAAGGCAGAAGGGCCAGCCGGCCACUCAGGGGGCUGUCAGCGAGAAGGGCUCCAAGAGAAUCACCCUCCAGGGCUGCACCCGUGGGCCCCACAGCGGUGGCUGUCUCCUUAGCCGGGCCCCUGGGAACUGCAUGGUGCCAGCCCCUCAGCCGGGACACGUGCCACCAGCUGCUGGAGAGACAUGUGACCAGGAAAAACAUAGAGAUCCGUCUGGGCCUGAUCCCCCGCAGGGCCCAACACUCACAGAAAGCCGCCCGCCGGGUGGGAAAGCUCCCCUUGCCCCGGCUGAUUCGGCCGGGCCAGAGAUCCCUGGAGCUGCGGCCCCGGGAGCUGCUCUUCCUGGAGCAGGCGGUCUCGGAUCACCUGGAGCUCAACCUUCUCCACAAGCACCUGAGCUUCAGGUGGGGGCUGCCCACGCUCUACCGACAGUCCCUGGCCAAGCUGUUCCACGCAGGCCCCUCGCCUGCCCCGCCGCCCGCCAGCUCCCGCGCAGCUGGAACCGAGUUCACGGAGCAGGAGCUGCCCUUCCUCCCACCGGGAGCCCGGGAGGAGCUGGAGCUGCAUGUCAAGAAGAAGAGGCUGCAGCACGAGUGGGGGCUGCCUGUGAUCGUCCAGAAAUCCAUGCGGGGUCUGAUGGCGGCUGCCCCCGGCCCCGGCCAGCCCAAGGCCCCUCCGUCGGCCAACAGGGACGUGGCCGUUCUCCAGCCCGAGCUGUCCUUCCUCAAUGAGGGCAGCAGACGAGAGCUGGAGCUCAGCCUCCGCAAGAGACUCAUGCACCGGCGCUGGGGGCUGCCCAGGAGGAUCCAGGAGUCGGUGCGGCUGCUCCAGCCUGCCUCAGCCCCUGCAGAGUUUAGGCCUCGCAGCUGUACAGAAAAGGAUGCAGAGGGGUCUUUCCUGCUGCCCUGGCACAAGAGCACCGUGCACCUGGAGCGGGGCGUGGGGAAAGCCAGGAGAGUGGUCGCUGCUCCCCACCCGCGGCUCAGCCUGGGACGUUAUGCUCAGGAGCGGCUGCAGAUCCACAUGGCAAAGAAAUGUGUGGAGAUCCGGCUGGGGGCCGUCCCAGCUGCAGUGAGACGCUCUUGGCAAAGGCUGCAUCUCGUGUCCCAGCUGCCCCUCCCCAAGCUGAUCCCUGCUGGGGACAGGGCCCCCAAAGCCAGGAGAACCCUGCUGCCCUUCGUGCACCCGGAGGACGUCUGCCACCUCGAGCUGAAUGUGCAGCACAAACAUCUCACAGCCCUGUGGGGUCUGGGCACUCUCUACACCCAGUCCCUCAGCCGGAUGGUUCCCAGGGCGCCCCCUGGGCCGGUUCCACCCCGUGAGGCGGAAGUCGAGUUUUGGGCACGGGAGGCUCUGUUCCUGGGCCUGGAGGCCAGAGAGGCCCUGGAGCUGCACGUGAGGAAGAAGAGGCUGCAGCACGAGUGGGGGCUGCCUCUGAUCAUCCAGAAAUCCAUGCGGGGCCUGAUGGCGGCUGCCCCCCGCUCCGGCCAGCCCAAGGCCCCUCCGCCGGCCGACAGGGACGUGGCCAUUCUCCAGCCUGAGCUGUCCUUCCUCAGUGAGGGCAGCCGACGAGAGCUGGAGCUCAGCCUCCGCAAGAGACUCAUGCACCGGCGCUGGGGGCUGCCCAGGAGGAUCCAGGAGUCGGUGCGGCUGCUCCAGCCUGCUUCAGCCCCUGCAGAGUUCAGGCCUUGCAGCCGUACAGAAAAGGAUGCAGAGGGGCCUUUCCUGCUUCCCUGGCACAAGAGCACAGUGCACCUGGAGCGGGGCGUGGGGAAAGCCAGGAGAGUGGUCGCUGCUCCCCACCCACGGCUCAGCCUGGGACGUGACGCUCAGAAGCGGCUGCAGAUCCACGUGGCAAAGAAAUGUCUGGAGACCCGUCUGGGGGCCGUCCCCGCUGCAGUGAGACGCUCUUGGCAAAGGCUGCAUCUCGUGUCCCGGCUGCCCCUCCCCAAGCUGAUCCCUGCUGGGGACAGGGCCCCGAAAGCCAGGAGCCCCCUGCUGCCCUUCGUGCACCCGGAGGACGUCUGCCACCUCGAGCUGAAUGUGCAGCACAAACAUCUCACAGCCCUGUGGGGCCUGGGCACUCUCUACACCCAGUCCCUCAGCAGGAUGGUUCCCAGGACGCCCCCUGGGCCGGUUCCACCCCGUGAGGCGGAAGUCGAGUUCUGGGCGCGGGAGGCUCUGUUCCUGGGCCCGGAGGCCAGAGAGGCCCUGGAGCUGCAUGUCAGGAAGAAGAGGCUGCAGCACGAAUGGGGCUUCCCCGCACUCAUCGAACGGUCGCUCAGAGCCUUUGUGCCGGAGCCCCCACUGCCGGGGCCGACCGUAGCCCGCCAGCGCGCCGAGCUGCACGUCCUUGUCCUGGGGCAGAAGCCUUCGCUCAUUGACGAGGACACGAGAGGCCGCCUGGAGCGUCACCUCCGGAAGAUGAUGCUGCAGCGGAGGUGGGGCCUUCCCCGGAGGAUCCAGGAGUCCUUGCGGCUGUUUGCUGCUUUUGCCCCGCCGGCUGGCCCGCAGCUUCCUGGGGCCGGUGGAGAAAGGGGCGUCGGGCAAAGCCGGCUGAGGCCCAGCCAGCCAGACGUCCCCGCAGGGAGCCGCUUGGCAGGAGACAGCAGAACCCAUGGCCUUGCUGCUGAGGGGAGGGAUGAGCUCCAGCGGCACCUCGCGAGGAAGUGCCUAGAGAUCAGGCUGGGGGUGAGUCCGGCCCUGGUGAAGAGAUCCCAGAGAGUGGCCAGGGAGGGGGAGAGGAUCCGCCUCCCUGGGCUGAUCUGCGCAGGCCAGAAGCCCCCCAAGCCCAGGGCCGGCUCCCUGCUCUGCCUGCCACCCCCAGCUGUGAAUACACUGGACAUGAACGUGAGACACAAGCAGCUGGUGCAUUUCUGGGGGCUGCCCACACUGCAGGCGGCGUCUCUGCGGAGGAUGAUGCCGAAGGCUCCAGCUGUGCGGCUGGGGAGUGCAGCAGGGAGGGCCCAGACGCAGAUGGGCCUGGCUGGACGCAUGGGGGCUGAGGAGCCGGAGAGGAAUGGCUCCAAGGUCACGGGGCCGCCUCUGGUCACAGCCAAGGCCAGGGACCAUCUAGAGAGCCACAUCCUGAGAAAGAAGCUCCAGCACGAGUGGGGCUUACCUCGGGUGGUGCUGAGAUCCCUGGACGCGUUCACACCCCCACCACCUGGGAGGGGCCCCCCGAGGCAGGCCCAGGCCCCAGCCAGCGAGAGCUUUGCCACGGGCAGCCUGCUUUUCCUGCACAUGGAAACCAGGGAGCGCUUGGAGUCACACGUCAGGAAACUGGCCCUGGAGCGGAGAUGGGGCCUGCCCAAGAGGAUCCUGGAGUCCUUAAGGAUUUUCCUGCCGCCUGCCCCACCAGGAGCAGAGCCCAGAGGCCAAACCCAGCCCCUCCUCCAUGUCUCCCCUACACCACCCCAAGGUCCUACAGCCCUCUCCACAGGGCAAUCGGAAGAGCUCCAGCCAGGCCCCGGGGAGCCCCUCACCCACCGGUCCCAGCACUGGCUUGAAAUGGGGGUAAAGGAGGGCAAAGCCAGCUGCUCUGAGGCAGUGUCCCAACACACCCUGGGGAGCAGCAGCAGGAGAAGCCAGGAGACCUCCCAGACGAACAAUGGGGAAGGGCCCCCCAGCUCCCCACGCCACUUCCCGGAGGACAAGGCAGAGCUGAAAUCCACCCUGGACUUUCCCAGGAAGAAGGUGCUGGGAAUUUCCCACAGGGCCCAGGAGUCCCAGGGACGAGCCUUGCGCCGCGUGGCCCAUGAGUCUUACCCACAGCAGAGAGAGCAGAGCUCUGAGGAAAGUCCCGGGCAGUGGAGGACCCACGAUGGCAAAGGAGCUCCACGGAUGGCGGGGACUGGCAGGCACUCCCGGAGCUCGUCUGUGGAGACAGCUGUUUGGAAUGAGAAGAGGAUCUUGCGGGAGCUGGAAUCCUGCUUCAGGAGAAUAGCCCGGAGCCGCAGCCGCCAUGGCCCAGGGGGGAAGCAGCCUCUGUCUCUGGAAAUCGUGGGCCACCUGGAAAUGGGCCAUUGCACAUGCUUGGACUGCCCAUGCUGCAAGCUCGAGGUGUGGGACAGCGCCCGCUCUCCAGGGGCCAGCUCUCCUGGGUGGCAGACGCAGCGUAUCCAUGCAAGGGGGUCAGCAACUCUCCUAGAAGACGCGGCAGCUCCAAGCCCUCUGCAUGCUGAGCCCAGAUGGCAGGGGCAGGGCACUCCCAGCAUGGCAAAAGAUGAACCGCCUGCCUCCUCUCCAUCAUCUCUGGAGGACAGCGAGUCCAGGGCCUCUGACUGGUCUGAGGGAGAAAGCUCUCGCGCAGCGUCUCGCCCAGCGCCCGAGGAGCCCACGCUGGCACGGGUGCAUCUUGCUUCUCCGCGAUCCGAAGCACACCGGCUGGACAUCCACCUGGCACAGAAGGCCCUGGGCUCCUUCGUCCUGCCGCCCUGCGUCAUACGCUCCCAGGCCAUCUAUGCCGACAUGGUAGCUGAGCGGCUGAGAGCCGCUGCCCAGGAACACAGGCGGGAAAUGAACAUCCGGCUGAAGCGCAGGAGGGGCCAGAGAAGCCAGCUGGGAGGACCCCAUCAGGAAGCCCUGGUAGAAAGAGCUCGCCCCGCGGGCACAGGAGAGCCGGGAUUCCCGAGAGCUGGCUCCUUGGGCCAGAGACUGAUCAGAGAGUCCCAGAGCCAGGCAAACCAGUACCUGUGUGAGACGUGCCAUGGCCUCUUCACUGCCGGUGAUGAGGGACUCAGCCCCCAGCCCUGUCCUGCCGAGGGGGCUGGGAAGUCAGACGUGGCGAGGACUCAGCUAGAGACUCACGUGCGCCCGAGGAACAGGGAGACGUCAGGUGAUGCCUGCAGAGGGGAGCAAGGUGCAUCCUACCAGCGGUCUCAGGAUCUGGGCCGUGCAGCUGGCGCCCCCCUGUACGAAGGUCCCGCUGGCGCUGAGGAGAUGGUCGGGGACUGGGACAGCGAGGCCGUGGUAGCCUGGGAUGCGGAGGGGGGAGGCAGCCUGGGGUGGAAGGAGAGGAGGGACACCGAGGGGCGACGCGGCAUGAGAGAGAUGCCAGCGGAGAGGACAAGCCCCAGGGCUGGAACCAGCAUGAGGCAAACAGAGGCCCUGGUGCUGACUGAGGCAUCGCCCGGGGUUGAACAGCCGCCCCGUGCACCUCCAGGGAGAGGGGCUGAGUCACCGUCCGUCCCCGGCAAGGGGAACGGCUCCACAUUCAGGGGAAUCAUGCUGGGCUUCCUGAAACGUGUCACCUCCAGGGCAUCAGUGGAGAAGAGAGGGCAGGUCAACAGGUCAGUGGCUGCACCACGGGGAGCCCCGCCGCCCCCUCAGAAACUCGCCCCAUCCCCCAAGAGCGAGACCUUCAACGCCAACGUCCACGUGCGGGCAAAGGUCAGGCAAUGCCAGCUGUGUUCCAGCAUGGAGGAGAUGGACGGUGCUGGGAGAAAGGAGCCAGCCGCAGCCGCUCGGACCAGGGGGCUGCCAGGGAAUGGGGCUCCCCAGGGAUCUGGGGCAGCCUCCCCCAAUGCCAGGCGAGGGGACAGCGUGACCAGGAGAGAAGAACCUUCUCCAGAGGAAACAGGGCCCUCAGCAGAGUAUGGUGGAUACCAAGAGCGGAUGACUUUGAGAGUGACCAAAUGCAGGGAGGGGAAGGUGCAUGACCGCAGUGGGACGCCGGCUGUGCCAGCGGGACCUUCCGCCCCAGGGCCACCACCCCCAGCCUGCCCCACCGCCAGGGACACCAGAACAACCGGCAGUCAGAACAGAGAAGGAGGAAAAGGAGUCUCACAGUCUGGCUCAGCAGCCCUGGGCUCCAAUCAGCCGUCUCCCAUGGAGUCCUCCAGAACAAAGCUCAGAGAGCAGAGGGGUCGGGGACUCAGCCCUUCUCACCCACGGGGCCGCUCCAGGAGCCGGGUGGAAGGCCCGCGGUGCAGCGGCAGGGCCAGAGGACCGGACAGUGAGGGGAUCCUGGCCCGCAGCAGAGAGUGGAGAUCCGGCAGCAGAGGGAGGCCCACCAGCAGAAGAACAAGGUCCAGAAGCAGAGAAGGGGAAUCCCUGGUGGGAGAGGAAGUCCAGGAUCGGCAGGGCACACGCAGGAGGCCAGGCAAGGCCAGGUCACACAGGGUGGCCACACCAGCCAAUGGCGUGGGAGGAAAUGCCACCGAGGACACAUCCGGGACAGUCGGAGUGUCUAACCUGGAGCGCCGUGGGCACCAGGCCAGGCUGGAAACUGAGCUUCCACAGCCAGGGUCAUGUCCUGGCAAGAGCAGCCAGGUGUGCUGGUUCCACCUGCAUCGUGCUCAUGCCCACCUUCGCCACGUACACGACAGAACGCCAGAGCUGCGCGGAGAGAACCUGUGUGCCCUGCGGGAGAGGAUGCAGGCCCGGCGGAGGAAGCUGUCCCCGUCACUCAACAGCGCCGCCUCCGAAGAGGAGAGCCGCCUCCGGGCCUUGGACGAAAGUUAGGGUUGGGGCUUGCAGGUGGCUAAUAAAGCUCAAUUUUGUGUGCAA